GAAGGUGUGGACAAAAAGGUUUCCAGCAACAGGUAGAGUAGGUGUUCUGUGGGUGGGGAUGGUUUGGGUGUCACACAUUCUCCAACAAGAAGAGUGAAUCCAGUGUUUUCAGAUCGGAGCGAUCACCCGAACGAGCAACACACCUGUGAUCCAGACAGCCUUUACCUGCAACAAUGAGUGAAUCAGCAGAAGCUUUGGCUGCUAACCUCAAAUCCAGUAGAAAUGUCACCAUUGAGAUCACCAACCUUACCUCCACCUACUGCCUGAUCGACCCCAAGAUUUACCUGGAUAGUGGCAACGUCCACAGCCCACCCCAACCCACCGUGCGCCCACAGAAAACCGAGGUGUGCAACUUCAGCAAGACCAGCUCCAAAGCCACCGGCGCGGUGGGCGUGCUGACCUACGACCUGUUCUGCAGGGGCAGCAACAACUCCAAAGAGAAAUUAGCCAUAAUGUUCUCCGUGCCCUACGAUUAUAGCAUGUACAAGAACUGGUUAGCCUUGGCAAUCUACGACCAGAGCAAAGAGACCAACGAGAAGCUGUACAAAGAGAUGUAUUACGACAAAGAGCCGCACGGCUUCGUGAGGGAGGAGGUCAAGGGCUCUGGCCUCACGUUUGAGGGCACGAACUUGGACGUGAAGGCUACCAUGUCUCCGAUGGGCAGGGCCAUACUGAAGGUGGAGCUGUGGGACAAGCUCUUCACUCAGAAACGCCAUUAAUAAGGCGGUGAUUCAUUCACUUUGUUGACAAAAUAAUCCAGUAUAUGUGUAGCCCUUUGUACACCUGAGCUACUGUACCAUCUGUUCAUGCAAUAAAAUCCAGUCUGAUUUGAGAAAA